AAGCAAGAGAGAGAGAGGGAGAGGGAGAAAAAAAACACCAGCAAACCUCAAAGACCAAGAUGACAGGGUUUGGCUCUCCUUGUGGAGCAUGCAAGUUCCUCAGGAGGAAGUGUGUGAGGGGCUGCAUCUUUGCCCCAUACUUCUGCCAUGAACAAGGUGCUGCCCAUUUUGCAGCCAUUCACAAAGUCUUCGGAGCGAGCAAUGUCUCGAAGCUCCUCAUGCACCUUCCGGUCACCGACCGGUGCGAGGCGGCGGUCACCAUCUCCUACGAGGCUCAGGCGAGGCUCCAAGAUCCUAUAUAUGGCUGUGUUGCUCACAUUUUCACUCUCCAACAACAAGUUGUGAAUCUGCAAGCACAGCUGGCUUCUCUCAAGGCCCAAGCAGCGGCUCAAAGCUGUGCCAGUGCCUCCACUUCGACUUCCAGAGAAGAGAAGUUGAACAACAAAUUCCCACCUUACCAACAAGAUGGGCAGGGUUUCUUUCAGGGUGGUGACUUGAGGACGAGCCAACCUUUGGUUUCAGAGCCAGUGAUGAAUCCCGAAACCAUGUUAGGCUUUGACAAUGGGCUUCUCAACCCUAAUUCCUUUCAGUCUUCUCAAGAAUAUUACCCUCGUUCAUAUAUGACUGAAGAUCCUAUCUCCUUCUCCUCCGACGACAAUUACUCUUGUGCUGUGGCCUCUCCUGACAUGCAACCGAACACCCGAAGACCGGCAUAUCACGACAUGGAGGACCUCCAAUCGGUAACCUUCGCCUAUCUUCAUCAUGCAUGAGAAGGCAGUGCAUUUGAAAGAAGAUGAUCCAAGGAAACCUAUCAUCAAAAAUUUUGUUAUUAGUUACAUCAGAAAUGUAUCGACCUCCCGGUACAAACUACAAAUGCACCAAAUUUAUAUGAGAAAGCAAAUUCCAUGCGACGGUUGAUAAUGUGUGCUAAUGUACUAUAAUUUUGUAAAAAUAAG